AUGGCAGAGAUCCUCAAAACCGAUAUUUUCCCGAAAAUCAACGAGGUUAAAGAAGAAAAGCGCAACAUUCUCAUAGGAUUUAAGGAGUGUCCCUAUUGUGUUCGUGCAGAGGAGAUUUUGGAACUGAGAAAAAUUGAGUACGUGUACGUUUAUAGGGACAAAGAAAAGGAGCUUGAAGACGAGAUAAAAAAAUGCUAUGGUCAUGAAACGUACCCGAUGAUUUUUAUCGAUGGUGAGUUUGUGGGCGGAUGUGCUGAAUUGAAAGAUAGGUACAAUUGUUAGGAGUACCGCUUAAUAAAUAAGAUUAGUUGUGAAAAAUGGAUUGAACGAUGAAGAAAAUACUGCGCUGCUCAAUGCUGGCAGUUUUAGUGUAAGAACUUUUAUAUUGCGCUAGUGCAUAUGCAGAGUAUUUGUUGUGCCGCACCAUUUCAGUAGUAUCUCUUCACUAUUAUAUUCUCAGCAGUUUCUUAUUUUGUGGUGGAGUGGCUUUAUCUGCGUUUUUGGGAGUAUGUUGGCUGCGAAUAAGACGAAAGUUCGACAGUAA